AUGGAUACUAUAACACCUCUAAGUCCGUCACGUCCAGCUCUUGCAGCAACCGACAAAACAAGCUUCGCUUAUACAACAACACGUGAUCGUUGGCCGGUAAUUAUCACAAAGGUAAUCGAUGGUCUUUAUCAAACAUAUCAUUCCCUCAACAAAGAGGAAAGCGAAACUGAAUUAGAGUUUGAGACGAAACAAAAAGAAGCUAAAGCUAUAAUUGAAGAAAUGGGAAAGAUAAAGUAUCAAUUGCAAAGGGAUAAACCGUUGAUCCCUUUAGAAGAUGAUGGUGAAUCUGAUGUUCUGAUGUGGCAUAAUGUAUUCAAUACUUAUUUCCAUGAUAAAACGUGGUAUUCUGCUACCUGGUUGUUCACUGAAUGCUAUCUCUAUCGACUUGUACAUUCCGCAUUUGCCAAAACAAAAUAUUGGCGUAACUACGAUCCAUUUGCACGACAAAAGGAAGAAACAUUCAAAGCAUCCUUUGUCGCAGUAAGUGAACUUGCUAAACGUAUAAAUGAAUUGACCAAUGGGUUAUUAUCAUCAUCGUCAGCAUCAAGUACUGAGGAGGAGGAGCAAGAAAGACGUCGAAUUGUAUUUCAUGAAUUGGCACAAGUGUGUUUAUGGGGAAAUGCCACUGAUUUAUCAUUGCUGACUAAUCUUAGUGGAGAUGAUGUCGAGAAGUUGCAACGGGGUGGACGAGGAACGGAGGCACUUAAAGAAUCGGAAAAAAAUAUUUUGGCAAAUGAUUUGGAUCGGGUUUGGGAAGAGAAGCUGAAGAAUUUAAGAAAUGGUAGAAUUGAUUUUGUAUUGGAUAAUGCCGGAUUCGAGCUAUAUGUUGACAUGGUAUUUGCUGAUUGGUUAAUACAAGCUGGGUACGCGUCAGAAAUUCAUUUUCACGCAAAAAGAAUUCCGUGGUUUGUUUCUGACACAACACCCGCGGAUUUUCAUUGGCUUCUUUCAGCCAUAUCCAAUCUUUCUUCUUCAUUCUCCACACAACAACAAUCUGAUCUCACAAGAUUAUCCACACGCUGGAGCUCUUAUCUAGAAAACAAGCGAUGGAUCCUGCAUACACAUCAAUUCUGGACAUCACCGUACGCGUAUUGGCAUUUACCCGACGAGGCACCCGAUUUAUUCGCUGAUAUAUGUAAAGCGGAUCUGGUUCUGUUGAAGGGAGAUUUAAAUUACCGUAAAUUGGUGUAUGAUUGUAAAUGGGAGUUUACGACUCCUUUUGUCGUUGCUAUUGGUCCGUUGGCAACGAUCGAGGGAGUGCCCGCUAUUCUGGCUUUGAGAACUUGUAAGGCAGAUGUGAUUGUUGGUCUGCCUGCUGGUGUUGAGGAAAAGAUGGAGGCAAGCGGGGAGACUAAUUGGUUGUAUUCGGGGAAAUAUGCUGUUGUGCAAUAUAGUCUUGGCAAAAAGGAUAAUUCUAUUUUUCUAUUAUCUAAUGUUUGA